CCGUGGCGCUCCGCGGCCACUGCCGCGCGUCGCCUGAGGGCCGCUCAGUUGCUGCCGAGUUGCCGCCUGUAGCCGAAGUUUUGCCUGGCGCCGCAGCAUGGCGGGCGUCGCACACUGCUCCCUGCAGGUCAAGCGCUUGCUCCUGGACGCCAGGUUCGAGGGCUACAAGCUGUCCUUGGAGCCGCUGGCCUGCUACCAGCUGGGGCUCGACACAGCUGUAGCAGAAGUGAAUCUUCGUGAUGAUCAAUAUACCCUUGACCAUAUGCGUGCUUUUGGCAUGUAUAAUUACCUUCACCUUGAUUCCUGGUACCAGGAUAAUGUCUACUAUGUUGAUCAAUUUGGAAGGGUUAUGAAUCUGUCAGUGACUCUGGACACCUCUUUACAAAAACCAAGAGAAGUUUUCAGGCUGCCUACAGACUUGACGGCUUGUGAUGAUCGCCUUUGUGCCUCAAUACACUUCUCAUCUUCCACGUGGGUUACCCUUUCUGAUGGUACAGGAAGACUGUAUUUGAUGAAAUCAGGCAAGCGUGGAAAUAGUACAUCUGAAAAGUGGGAGAUUUUGUUUAAUGAAGAACUAGGAAGUCCAUUUAUUAUAGCACACAGUGUUUCAUUUGUAAAGUCUGGUAUGCAUUCGAUAGCUGUGCUGCUGCUUAGGGUAGAGAAAGAUGAAUUGGACACAAAAGGAAGUGGAUUUCAUAUUACGUUGGAGUGGGUUACUAUUGCAGAGAUAAGCAAAGAGGGUGAUCACAGAUAUGAAAUAUCUAAAAGGAGAGUUUUACAAGGAAAAUCAGUCCCUCAUUAUGCAGCAAUAGAGCCGAGUGGGGAUGGUCUGAUGAUUGUUUCCUACAAACCAUUCAAAUUUUUGCAAGAUGAAGAUGACAAAAUGGAAGAAAAUGACAAUACAAAAACAACAAAUGAAAAGAAAGACCCUGUCUAUUACUGGCAGCAGACUGAAGAUGAUGUGACAAUAACAGUUCCCAUUCCUAAAGACAUCACUAAGGAUGACAUUAAAGUACGCUUUUUCACUGAUAACAUAUGUGUUAUACUGAAAGAUGAGCCUCCUUUGAUGGAAGGAAAACUCUAUUCAUCUGUGGACCACGAAAGCUGCACAUGGAUAAUUAGAGAGAAUGAAAGUUUGGAAAUUUCUCUAAUUAAGAAAAAUGAGGGACCUCGGUGGCCAGAGCUAAUAGUUGGUGAUACAAGAGGGGAAUUCGUUAUGGACGCUUCUCAGUGCUCUGAGAUAGCCGAAAGCCUGAUGCAUCUUACCUCUGAAGUACUGAAUCCAAACCCUGAAAAGGAAAACCCACCAUGUAAUGCUCAAGAAUUAGAAGAAUGUGAUGCUUUUCUUGAAGAUGGUGCAAGCUUGUGCAGAUUUGAUGGUGAUACCUUGAAAGUCACUCAUGUGAUAAAUCUUGGAAGCAACCAGUAUCUUUUCUCAGUUGUUGUGGAUCCCAGAGAAAUGCCAUGCUUUUGCCUGAGGCAUGAUGUUGAUGCUCUUCUCUGGCAGCCCCGCUCUGACCAACCAGAGAACAUGUGGGAGCACAUUGCAACUUUUAAUGCUCUAGGUUAUGUCCAAGCAUCAAAGCAAGACAAGAAGUUCAUGGCUUGUGCUCCAGAUUACUCCUAUGCUGCUCUUUGUGAGUGCAUGCGAAGAGUUUUCAUCUAUCGACAACCGACUCCUCUCUCCACAGUUCUCUACAACAGGAAGGAAGGAAGACAAGUAGGACAGGUUGCUAAGCAGCUAGUAGCAACUCUGGAAGCCAAUGAUCCUAUCUUAGGCUUUCAGGCUACCAAUGAGAGAUUAUUUGUUCUCACAACAAAAACCUUGUUUUUAAUAAAAGUGAACCCUGGAAAUUAAUUAUUCAGUAUAUUGUGCUGUAGUUUGUGUUAACAGGUUGGUAAAGAACUGGCUAGGUGAAUGAUCUGAGAAGUUCAGUACAACUUGCUGAAGUUUAAAAUUGAGAUAUUUUAUAGGGGAAUGAAAAAUUGUCUUUAGAAUUUUAAGAUAGUGGGCAGGUUUUUCAACUUUGCUGUCACUGCAGUAAGCUUUUUCAGCGCUAUGGGAAAAUGCCUUCUGCACUAACAGCUUUCUCAAAGCCCUUGUCAGUCUAUCACAUAGGUGAAUAGAUUUAUGCAUUGUUUUCUCCAAAUGAUUGUUUGCCAUACUUCUGAGUUUUGUAAAUUCACUUCUGUUUUUAAAUGCCACUGUUUGCCUAUGAAAGAAGUACUGGGAUAAAGAAAAUAAAGCCUUCAGUUGCAAGCAUAUGAUGUGCAAAGUAGUGUGUAUCUUAAAGAAGAAAAAUUUCUAAAGUAUCCUUGGCCAAAAAAAAAGAUUCAGUAGUAUUGAGAGAAAUGCGAGUGAAAGGAUGGAAUAUGAUGAUUCUUGACAGGUAAUUUGUUCAAUUGGAGUAAUUUCAUUGUAUACGCAGAUUUUAAAGUACUGAUUUGGGACUUGCUCAUACUUGCAGUGAAAUCUGUUCACAUUUUAAGUGAUUCUAGAAUAGCUUUUAGUAGAAUUUUCCUGAAGCAAAGUAAGAGCAAUGUAUAGCUGGUGAUUACAUAUUGAAUGGUAUUAGUCAAGGUCUGUUUGUAUUCAGUUGUGACAUUUUUAUUUGACGUUGUACUUCAUCUCAAGUGACUAAUUUACAAUUAGAAGAUAGCUAACAGAAAAAGCACCUGUAUUGUAACCUGAGAAGGGAAACUCAGAGGUGCUGCUUCUGCCUCAAAUACCACUGUAAAUACUGUGUUAGUGGUUAGCCAUUUUGUUUUGGCUGAUGCAGAAGUCCAAAUGUGGUAUAUUUGCAAUGCAACACUACCCAGGCCAUGAGUAUGCUUCAAUUUAACAACGUGGCUGGUUAAUUGCAUGGAAUAGCUGUAUCUGAAGGUUCUUAUUUCUUUUUAAAUUAAUAUUGUCAAUACAGUUAAACAAAAAAAAACCAAGUCAGUUCUGACAGCUCCACUCUUAAGUUGUUUUGGGGUUUUUUUUUUAUAGUUUGCUUACAACUCCAUAGCAAAGACUGCCUAAUACGUUGUGUACUGGCAGGGAAACUGCUGUCAUCUGUGGUACCAAAGUACGGAGAGACACAAAUACAAGCAGCAGACUAAUAGUCUAUAUUAAAUAAUACAGUGAAAAGUUAAGAGGGAGUCAAGCAAGUGUAGCUUGCAAAAAAAACCGACCUCCAAAUGCAGGAGUUUUUCAAGGUACCUGCUGUUUUCUCCUCCUUACAGCAGUAUUGUAUUGUAUAUCCAAUAAAAUCCUUACUCUUACCUGGUAAGUUAAAACAGACUUGAUUUGCAAACCUUCCCAUCUCAUUCUGUGUUUUUAAAGCUUAAAUGCUUUUUAAAAGGACUUAGUGAAUGUAUUACUGUUUCAUGAAUGGUUUGCAUCCAAGUUUUCACUGUUGGGCAAUAAUGUCAAACAAGGUAGUAGAAUUCGUACAGAGCUCUUUAUUCUAAAAGACUUUAUGUAGGUGAUUACUUUGCGUCAUAAAGUAAGUGCUUUGAGAUUUAUGUGGAUAUUACUUAGUAGCCUGAGAAGCUCUGGGAACGCAGAGUCAAGAACACAUUGUGGUAUUGGGAGAAUGAAUGGAGGAGUGAAGAAUUCAUAGGCAAUGUGCUUUUGUCACUUCAAGUCUGUUUCAGGAAUCCUCAGUACAGAUGAGAAUUUCAGCUGUUCUUUGGCAAAUUCUCCUUUUUGUGGCUUAGAUAUCUGGAUACAUACUUCUGUCUCCUGCAACUGAUGAUUUUCUCCUGCAACAGAGGAAACAAAGUCAAGUAAAUUUGUUACUUCUUCAGAGGCUGCUUUGCAGUUUGCAAGGACUGAAAUUCACAUUCUGGCCCAAGUGUGUGUCUGUUUUAAGGGAAUUUUUGUUCACUUCUGGGAACAACUGAAUGUGGGGGGAAGGUUCACCCUUUUUGCCAUGUGACCCAUCUAUUUGCAACCAUGGUGUACUCAGAAAGACCAUGCCAGUCUCUCUUAUAUUUUUUCUUUCUAUGAGAGUUAAGGACAUGUCUUAUUUAAAAGAUUUCUUGCCUUGAGAAACCUGUGCUGUUGCACAGCAGGCUGCUGUAAUUAAUGUCAGCAGGCCAGAGGGAGGCACUUCCUAUGAGCAUUUCCAUUUCUGUGUUCACCUAAUUUUGAGGCCUGUUUAUUUAGCUUAUUAAUAUAGGCUUAUACAACGUAUAGAAUGGGGAUAUUUGAGAGAGUUGGUUUUCUGAGAACCUUACUUCAAUUUUUCUAGGAUUUUAUUUCCUGAAAUCUUUCCUUUUAAGACCCGGUACUUUCUGAAAGGUCCCAAUCACAGCCUGUUUACAGAAUUUCUCAGAGAAUAUUUGGCCAUCAUUGACUUGCAUUAUUUAUGUCUAAUAUUAUUUUUCAGUUUUUUCCUUGGCUGCAUAUUUGGAAUGUAUCAUGUAUUCAUCUACAAGCUAAAAUAAAUGGAAAAAUGGUAAAUCUAUCAAUAAAGGUUUUUUAAAUGACUUUAAA